AUGCAAAGCUUUUUCGCGACACCGCUGCAUGUACUCUCCAAGUCUCCAAUAUCCGCCAAUCCUAUCAUUGGAAGAAGCUUCCGAGCGGUUGCCGUUACGGCCGCGUUGGCGCUGUGUCUUUCCUUCCUCUACUUAAUCGCAGACAACUACUACGUUUUCCGCGCGCCCCGGGAAUGUCUCUCUGCUCUCAACGGAACGAAAUGCGUCUCCGAAUUCCGCGUCGCGCGACUAUCUCUAGGCGCGACCCCCGCCUCCAGACGCGCCGUGAUUUACGUUUUAGUGCAACGGGUCCAAUCGCAAGUCCGGGCGGCUCUGCCGUUGCUCGAGGAGAUUAAAGCCAACGCGACGAUCAGGACUAAUUACUCGGAUAUUAUAACGAAAGAAUGCGCAAAUCAGGCGGGAAUCGCGCUGUACCACUUGGGACUGGCGGCCGAUCGGCUCUCCUCGGAAUCGGCGCGCCGCGCAGCAGCUGGCGCCACUGGCGGCGAAACUAGCGGCGCAUCUGGCGGCGCAAAUGGCGGCGGUGCUGGCGGAAGCGGCAUGGUGGACGUGCCGUACUGGCUGGCGGCGGCGCAGCGGCAGAUGCGCAACUGCAUGAGCGCGCUUAACUACUUUACUCCCCCAUCCCUCCAGUCCCCGGCGGGGCCGCCCUCACAGUGA